AUGUCACUUAGUGAAACACGUCAGCUCUUGGAGGAGAGUAGAAAGAUUGUAGAAGAAAAUGGGGAGAACCAAAGCGUACCCCUACUUUUAAACACUUUUAUAAACCUAGUAUCAAGCAUUGAUAAAAGAUUACAGUCGGUCGAAAAAGGCAUUGACAAAUUUGGAGAAAUAAAAAAUAUUAUUACAUCUCUGACAAGUAGAGUUAUUACAAACGAAAAAGGCUUACAAACAUGUCAAGGCAAAAUAACCGAACUUGAAAACAACAUACAAGGAGUAGGAAAUUUAUUCGAUAACCUAAAAUCUCAAUGUGAUAAAAACAAGAGCCUCAAUGACAAGAAUUCCAGUGAAGUUGACAAAACCAAAUCAAGCAUAAAUAAGGUUUCCAAAGACAUUUCUGAAAUAAAGUCACAAGGUAGAACUUCCACUGAAUGUAACUGCCAAGAUGAACUAGAGAAUCUCAAGGAAAGAGUGCUUGACUUAUCUUGUCGGUCUAUGAAGAACAAUCUCAUCUUUACUGGUCUUUAUGGGAUAAGAGAUGAAAACACCGAAGAACUUCUCCGAGGUUUCCUCCAUACUGAAAUUGGUAUUGAUUACCAAAUUGAAUUUGGUAAUGUCCAUCGUUUUGGACGAAGUCAGCGUGGUAUGAGACCAAUCGUCGCACGAUUUCUAUAUCAAGCCGAUUUGCAGUAUGUACUAGAAAAUGCUUACAGGUUACACAAUACUAGGUAUGGUAUCAAACAGCAGUUUCCGAAAGAAAUAGAAGACAGAAGGAAAAAAUUGUAUCCAAUCAUGAAGGAAGCAAAGUACAAUAGAAGAAAUGUGAAACUUGUUCGCGACCGACUCUAUAUCGACAAUGAACUGUACGAGAUACAUGAUGAAAUCGACACAUUUGAUCGCCAAGUACACCCAGAAGAACGUAACGAUGCCACACCUGGAAACGAACACUCGACGCCAAACUCACAAGGAGAUCGCAGAUCCACAAAACGGCCUCGCACGAGCUCAACCCCUUCAAGAUGUGGGCAACAAUAUAAUGUUAUAAACUUAUGUACUAAUGAUUAUAAUACAAUAGAUAUAACACCUAGUAAUAUACCUGUAGGGGGUAAUACAUGUACUGAUGAAAUAUAUGAUCAGAUUAAUAUGAUAUUUGAUGUAAAUGUUGAGAUUGAAAAUGCAAAUAUUUUAGUUGAUGAGAAUCCAAAUGCUCCUAGCAGUGAAUCUUUAUAUCAGUCUCAGGCAAAAGCCACAAAUAUUCAAAACAUAAAUAUCAUUUACAUUAAUUGUUGUGGAUUAAAACAUAAGUUACAAUACCCAGAAUUCGAAACUUUAUUACAAAAACAUGAAAUUUUAUGCUUUGUUGAGUCCAAAACUGACGAUAUGGAUGAAAUUUGUAUACCGGGAUAUAAGAUAAAAGCAAAAAAUAGACGUAAAAUAUCUAGAGUGAAAUCCGGUGGUAUCGUACUCGGGUUUAGGGAAAAUAUUUCUGACUGUAUUCAAGUAAUUGAGACAAAUAGUAAAUUUGUUCUGUGGUGUAAGAUUUCAAGAUUAUUUAAAGAUGGGGUUGUUAUUCUCGGUGUUGUGUACAUACCACCAGAAUACACUGCUUAUUCGUCACCUGAUGCUUUCGGUGAAAUUGAAAGCGAGUACCUAGAACUCUCAUCCAAAUAUGACAAUAUAUUUAUGGUCGGGGAUUUUAACGCCCGCACGGCCAGUGAGAAAGAUUAUAUUUUUAUUGACGAAAAUGAUAAAAGUAAUGAGUUAGAAUGUGUAUCUUUUAAUGAUGUAUGUAACCUUAACCUUUUUAAUAUACCUAUAGAUCGUAAUAGUAUGGACAAAGGAAAAAACCGUUACGGUAAUCAAUUACUUGAGUUAUGUAAAUGUAACAGUUUAUUUAUUAUGAAUGGAAGACUAGCUACUGAUAUAGCUGGUAAAUUUACCUGUAGAAAUGCAAGUGUAGUAGACUACUGCUUAUGUAAUGUUAAUUUUAUUAAAAACAUUAUUAGUUUGGACGUUUUAGAAUUUUCGCAUUUGUAUUCAGAUGUACAUUGUCCAUUGUUUAUAUGUUUGAAUCACGAAAAGAAACCUGAAUUUAGAGAGAAUUUAAAUUUUGAAAAACUAGACAGUUUAUUACAUGAUUUAGUAAAUGUUAAUUUGGAAAGUAUUAAUGAUGACAUGAUAAACUCUUUUGUGGAUGAGAUCGGAUUAAUCCUAAUAGAAUCCGCAAGGGAAACUUUAGGAACAAGAUCAGACAAGCCGAAAAAACGAGCAUACAAAAUCAAGGGAGAUAAACCUUGGUUUAACCUUGAGUGUAAAUUUGAGAGACAGAAUUAUAGGAAAUUUAAGCGCAAGCUUAAGGCGAGGCCUUCGCCUUUAUUAUCUUAUAAAGUAAAAGAAUCUGAAAAAAGAUAUAAAAAGGUCAUGGACAAGGCUAUUAAAAAACAUAAAAAAGAUAUGGCUCGAAAAUUAAAAAAUCUUAGAUCUCAAAACACCAAAGAGUAUUGGAAAAUUUUGAACCAACGCGAACAUGCAAAACAACCGAAUAUUGAUUUUGAGGAUUUACUCAACUUUUUCAAAGAGCUAAACUCAGGUAACUCAGAUCCAAUUGACUUGCCAACAAAUGAUACAAAUUUGAUGAGUGAACUGAAUGAUAAUUUGAAUAGUCCAAUUACGAAAGAAGAAAUAUUAAAAUGUAUUAAGAAUUUAAAAAAUAACAAAGCUUGUGGUGAUGAUAUGAUUAUUAACGAAUAUAUUAAGACUUCUGGUGAUUUUUUUAUUGAUUUUUAUGCUGCAUUGUUUAACCUGAUUUUUAGAACUGGAAUAGUACCAGUAUCUUGGGUGAUUGGAACGAUUAAGCCAUUUUAUAAAAACAAAGGCAAUAAGUUUGAUCCUAAAAACUAUAGACCCAUUACUAUUGUAAGUUGUAUGGGUAAAUUAUUUACAGCUAUUUUAAGUAAUAGACUUGCAAAAUUCUCUGAUGAAGUUUUACUACUCAAUGAAAAUCAGUGUGGAUUUCGAAAUGGUUACUCAACUUGUGAUUGUAUCUUUACAUUACACUCUUUUUUUGAAAUUUUGAAAUUAAAAAAGAAAAAAAUGUUCUGUGCUUUUGUCGAUUUUGAGAAAGCAUUUGACACAGUGACUAGAGAUGCUUUAUGGUAUAAGAUGUUAGUAAAUAAUAUUAAUGGUUAUAUGUAUAAGAUUAUUCAUAACAUGUAUGCUGAUAUAAAAUCAUGCCUGUCAUACAAUGGUGAAAAAUCUGAUUAUUUUCCAAGUAACAUUGGUCUACGCCAAGGGGAGAAUUUAUCCCCUUUUCUUUUUUCGCUUUUUUUGAACGAUUUGGAAGAUUACUUUUGUAAAGGGAAUUUGAUAGGCUUAAAAACUAUAUCAGAUGCCCUAGAAGACGAACUAGAUAUAUAUGUUAAACUGUUUGCAAUUCUUUACGCAGACGAUACUGUAUUAAUGGCUGAAUCAGCCACAGAACUUAAUUUGUUAUUAGAAAAAUUCGAAUCAUAUUGUGAUGUUUGGAAAAUGAAAGUCAAUGUAGAUAAGACUAAAAUCAUGAUUUUUUGCAAUGGUAGACAACCUGCUGAUCUUAAAUUUAAUUAUGGUAAUACUGAAUUAGAAAUUGUAAAUGAGUUUAAUUAUCUUGGGAUUUAUUUUUCAAAAAAUGGCUCAUUUAAAGCAAACAAGAAGCAUCUCGCAGAAAAGGCGACGAGAGCCAUGUAUGAAGUUAUCAAAAAGGGGAGAAAGCAUGGCUUAUCCAUAAGCUGUCAAUUAGAUUUAUUUGAUAAAUUGGUUAAACCUGUUUUACUUUAUGGCUGUGAAAUUUGGGGAUUUGGAAAUAAUGAUAUAUUAGAAAGGGUUCAUUUGAAAUUUUGUAAACUUCUACUACAUCUUAAAUCUUCUACCCCGAAUUGUGUUAUAUAUGGAGAACUAGGACGUUAUCCUAUUAGUUUAGAUAUCAAGGAUGAUCAUGAUGAUCCUAAAAUCAAGUUUAUAAAUUUAGAUAUUGGUUUAAACAUGACCAAUUCAAGUACACCGCUCGACUUUUGUGACUUAGCAUGA